AUGCUGAGACUCGUGGUCUCUUUGUUCGUCCUUAACUUCUUUGGACCGUUGAGCGCCGUCGAAGGUCAACUUGUGGCGGAAAACUCAGACAUGAAGAAUGAUUUGUUCGUCAGAAUGGAAAAUGUGGAGAAAUUCAUGCAAACCAAAAUAGAUGCCCAAUUGCAGGCGAUACAGAAAAUGCUGGAGGACCUAAAUGCUGGAGGUCGAAAACAGAUCAUCGAUCCGAGAUUUGAGCGGAUUGGAUGUAGAUAUUUUUAUAUCGAACAUAAUAUUGAGAAAAACUGGGAUGAGGCUGCGGAAACAUGUCGAGAAAUGGGCGGCUACUUGGCGGCUUUCGAAAACCAAGAGGAAAUCGAAGCCAUAAUGCAGAAACUUAAGAAAGAGCAGUACUACUGGUACUGGACUGGCAUAAAGCAUUUGGAGGAGGAUGGCAAGUUCAUAUCUACGGCCUCCGGGAAGACGACUAACGUUUUUAAGUGGUACAGCGGACAGCCCGGAAAUAGCGGUGCAUGCGUUCUGCUAGAUUUUAUGGGGAUGCGUGAUUUCGAUUGUAGGCUUAAAAGUUCUUUUAUUUGCCAAUCAGAUAACGAAACAUAA